GUCAUGGCGGGCUUGCUGAGGAAGACCACUGGCCUUGUGGGAUUGGCUGUAUGUGAGAGUCCACACGAGAGGCUAAAAAUAUUGUAUACAAAGAUUCUUGAUGUUCUUGGACAAAUCCCUAAAAAUGCAGCAUAUAGAAAGUAUACAGAACAGAUUACAAAUGAGAAACUGAGUAUGGUUAAAGCGGAACCAAAUGUUAAAAAAUUAGAAGAGCAACUUCAGGGAGGCCAAAUAGAAGAGGUGAUUCUUCAGGCUGAAAAUGAACUAAGUCUGGCAAGAAAAAUGGUGCAGUGGAAACCAUGGGAGCCUUUAGUGGAAGAGCCUCUUGCCAACCAAUGGAAAUGGCCAAUAUAAACAUCACUAAAUGACUUGUGUGUUUAUGGGAAACUGAUGUAAUUAAAUAUUCUGUUGUAUUAAAAAUAUUUCCAUAUUAUUGACAUCUUAUAAUCAAGAAAACUGAUACAGAACAUAUAUAGGAGACUUGAUAAAAUCGUUGAUUAUGUAAUAGGGACUUGUGAAUCGGUUUUUGAUUUGUAGAGCAUUCAUUCAAAUUAUUUCAAA